CGAUAAGCAAACAGCUCACCGUCUAUUUAGCGACAGGUUCCGCGUGGCAGUGAAGACGAUCUUUGCAUUUCAACUCACGUCGGGAAGUAUUCUGAACCAUGACUGUGACACAUUUUAUCCACUGAGCCGGAUUCUACAAGCAUGGACUCCCGCAGCACCAUGGACAGCACAGAGACGCUGAGUCUCUUGAAAACGGACAGAUCACAGCUUCUACCUUUAUGGAAACGUGUGUUAUACCUGACGUGGGUUUUCUUCGAAUGCCUGUUGUUUUGUGGCGUAAUGUAUGGAUGGGCUUCCCUGGUGUAUAUUCUGAAAUAUGAUGGAAUAUAUGCCGAUUUGUGUGAUAACGAUCCUAACAAUUCUUCAGGACACGGUGGAGUCAAUGAUUCCUGGAUUUUCAAAGAUGGCGGCAUUCAGGACACGGGUGUCGUCUGCCAUGCUCAGGAUAGCGAGUUUGAUCUCGUAUUCACCAUCGCCUCCAGCGCAGGUGCACUGACGUCGCUCUUGACAGGUCACAUCAACUUUAAAUACGGAACACGUAUCACCAGGAUAUUGUCCAUAGUUCUGUUUAUGUCGGGAUCCCUCUUGCUGGCAUUUGAGAGCAAAGAACUGCCCUGGCUUGUCUUCCCUGGGCUCACGCUGCUAGGUAUAGGUGGCAUACCGCUGUUGGUGACCAGUACACAGAUCUCCAACCUGUUUCCCAGGCACAGUUCUGCGGUUGUUGGUUUGCUCAACGGAGCCUUCGAUGCUUCAGCCGGCGUCCUUCUGGUUGUCAAGAUAGCGUUUGACAAUGGCAUCUCCCGCAAGAACUGCUUCCUGUUCCUUACCGGCCUCAACGUCACCGUUCUCGUCAGCACUUUCAUCAUCUACCCCCGCUGGUUCAUCAAGAAACAGAAACCCUAUAAGAAAGGCGACCCCGACGACGAGGUGAACGCCAACCAGGUGCCGGAGAAGGAGCUGAGUAUUGAAGCGUCCCAGAGCCAGACCAACGUCAAGGAGUCCAUGAUGUCCCCCAUCUUCAUCUUCCACCUCGUCUGGUUCAGUAUCCUCUUCCUCCACUUCACCUACUUCGUCUCCUCACUCAACUCCUGGCUAAAUCACGUGCUGCACAGGGACAGAGAGAAAGUGAGCUACUACACCAACGUGCACCUCUACUCCCUCAUGCCCGCCAUCAUCGUCGCCUGGUUGGCGGGACUCGUCUUCGAUGGCGCGAAGAGGUUCUACAGAGAUGAUCUGAGGCCACUUCGGGGAAAGAUAAGGGCAUCGGUUGUACCCCUCACGAUGACGUCAAUAAGUGCAGUGCUCGUGUCGCUGUUGAUGUUGUCUCCAGAAGAAAGUGUGUUGUAUGUGACGUUCAUCGCCGUCAUGGUUUUUAGGGCGUUCCUCUACGCUACUGCAUCGUCAUUCCUCAUCGCCGUAUUUCCACUUGAACAAUUCGGAAUCCUCUACAGCGCAUCUCUGAUUAGUGCAGGUGCACUUGCCUUUCUCCAGUAUGCCAUGUUUAUGUGGACGCAGUACAGUGACUUCAACACGGUGAACAAGUUCCUUGCGGGAAUGGCGGCCUUCACCUUGGUGCAUCCCCUCUAUCAAUACGUGUCGUGUGCUCGGUCUUCACGGUCAAGGAGACACUACGACAAAAUAUGAUCUCAUCAGAUACAAUGUAUCUUAGCAAGUCUUGUAGACCCAUCCUAGAGUAUCCAGUGUAUCAUGUCCCCACAGCCUGUUGUGGCAAAAAUCGGAGGGGUGAUUUUUGGGAUCACAACUAAAGAUAAUAAUAAUAAUAAUAAUAAUAAUAAUAAUAAUAAUAAUAAUUGAUUUGUAAAGCGCCUAAUAUCCAUCGACAGUUGCUCACUGGCGCUGUGACAAAGUUAAAAUGUAAUGUCUAUGUACAUAUGCCAACAAUCAGGAGAUCUAUUGAAAAGCUGAGGUGAAGAAGUGGGUUUGGAGGAGAGACUUAAACGUUUCCUUAGAAGCAGAGUUUCUCAGAUUCAAAGGCAAAGAGUUCCAUAACUGUGGACUGCAAAAGGAGAAGGCACGGUCAGACAUAGCGGAAGUAGACAGAGGCUGAUACAGUAGAGUUCCACCAGAGGAUCGGAGAGCACGCUCUGGAGAGUACAGGGAUAUAAGAUCUUUGAGAUAGUCUGGAUAGUCGCUAUUGUUGAGGCAGUCGUGAGUGAUGAUACAUUUCUUAUAGUUUAUACGAAAGGAGACUGGAAGCCAAUGUAGUGCUUUGAGGAAAGGACUAAAGACUAAAGACUAAAGAUAGACUUGUUGGAUAAAUGCAAAUAAUUUGCGUUUGCGCAACUCCUUUAUGGAUCCGCAUAAGAUCAAUACCAUGGAUCCAGUCGCUACCCCAGAAUCGUUUUCAUUAUUCUCGGUAGGAGUUAGCGGAUCAUUUAGUAAAGCAUAUCUGAUAUAUCUGUAUCUCGAAAAUACAUAUAUUCAGUGAAAUCCGAAAGUCCGAUAAUAAUCCCGAAUUAAAACAUUUUUGUGAAUAUUUUACAAAAUAAUACUGUUGUUGCAAUUGCCAUGGCUCCAACACUGUCUUGGGUAUAUUUGUGUUCCAUGACGUUUUCAUUUGCCCAGAUCGAAAUCUCCUAAUCCGGGGGGUAAAACAUUGAAGUUGAAUCGUUUUAGAAACCUGAUUUCUGAUUGGCUCAAGCAUCCACUCAUCAUUCAUUUUGAUUGGGCGGUCAAAGUUCACCUGAUGCGACCUUGUUAAGAGGUGUCAUCAGAUCUUCACGAGUGGGGAUGGGGUAGCCUAGUGGUUAAAGCGUUCGCUUGUCACGCUGAAGACCCGGAUUCUAUUCCCCACGUGUAUAAUGUGUGAAGCCCAUUUCUAUUGUCAAAGUAAACACAAUUUAUGGAUAACAACUUCUUUAAUACUGUAUUGUCCCCAAAUGUGAUAUUGCUAAAAAAAACGCGUAAAACCAUACCCAAUUACUCACUCACUUCCGAGCAAUGGGUCCAGAUUAUUCACCUUACUAGAAUGGCGAUAUUAUACACUGGACACAAGAGGAUGUCAGCUCACUGUGGGAGAUGCGGUGUAAACCAAUCGGCUCCGUCCGUCACGUCUGACAAAUUAGUGUCAUGUACACACACUUGGAUUAAUCAAGUGCUGAAUUUGUGUUUUCUAACAUUUAUGAUUUUUCAAAUCGUUAUUUUAUUCAUACUGAUUUAGCAAUAUAAAAUAUCCCGGUUCCGAAUAUAUACGUUUGGGAAAAUAUGUUCUUAACGUGGAUAUAAAAGUCUCGCGUGGAACCAUUAUUCAUUUUAACUCAUAAAACCAUUCUCAACUAAUACCUCAGUGUCAUCGAACUGUAAUACUCAAGAAUGGUCACAUGUUUGCUGCAGUUACCGUACUCCUUCUUCCAUCCAUCGAUUAAUAUGAUCAGGGUUUUUUCUGUAUGUCACUACUGAAGUCUACGUGUUGCCCCGUUUGAAAAGUCUGACAAUGUGCGAUUGUUGGAUUUACAACCCAUGUAUAAAUCUCCGAUUGGCUAUGACUGAAAAAAUUGGCUAUGACUGAAAAAAAUGUUAAAUCUAUAAAUCAGUAUCUUCCUAAAUAUCUUACCUCCAAAUACGUUUGGGGUUUUUUCCUGAUCGAAAACGGAUUUUGGAAAACAAGAUGGCGGCCCCAGGAAACCACUGAGUCUACCUUUUUUGUUCAAGACCGCCUCAAAGCUUGUCAAUUGACUGACGGACACACCUUAUCUUGUAGCGCCUUACAAAAACUGAAAUCGACCGAUGAACUGUUAAGGGAAUAUGGUAAUCGCAGCUGGUUGAAGUAUUAAAGGAUUUAGUGUCUGAAGGAUCCGUUAGAAAAGCCUCCGCUCGUUGUCCUACCGUGAAAAACGUCACCUUUAUUAGAGACGCGAAGACGAAGGUUUCAAAUACGAAGUGAUGUAAGUGGUGGAGGGAUGGCCACGGAAUGUGAGCGACAUGCAUAAUGCAUGUGUGGUCAGACGGUUUUGUUUCUUCGGGAAAUGGUUUGAAAUCCAGAAAUAACUGAUUGUUUGUUGAUUGUCGGUUCUAGUUCAGAUUGGCACCGAUUGUGAUCCGUGUCCUGUCACCACUGUACGCCUGCGUUUAUACUGCUUCUCGGGGCGGUGUGGUAGCCUAGUGGUUAAAGCGUUCGCUCGUCACGCCGAAGACCCGGGUUAUAUUCCCGACAUGGGUACAAUGUGUGAAGUCCAUUUCUGGUGUCCCCCGCCGUGAUAUUGCUGGAAUAUUGCUAAAAGCGGCGUAAAACCAUACUCACUCACUUGAUCUGCUUCUGGGAUGGCGGUCCAUGCAACUACAAUAUACGACUUAAAAUAAGUUAAAAAACACCUAUUCCUUCUUAUUACUGUUACAGUAGUAAAUAUGUCAUGGUAUGACCGAUUAACGGUAUUAAUAUGAAUCAAGUGAGUGAGUUGGGUUAACGCCGCUUUAAUCAGUAUUACAGUUAUUUAGAAAUAAAAUCCAACUCACUCACUCCUACUGAUUCCUGGGUAUUCUGUGUUAGAGUUGGUCUACAACAACCUAUGCUUGUCGUAAAGGCGACUUACUGGAGCAGGUGAUCAGGUUCGGUGACCUGGUUGAUAGAGUGUCAUCGUACCCUGACGGCGUGAAUCGUGGCUCAUAAUAUCAAUCAUUGGUUUGUUAAUGUCUGUUGAGAAAUGUAAAUCAAAAGAAUAUAACCAAACUGUCUUAAUUAUAUGUGUUUAUUUGCCAUCACAUUUUUAUACAGUCAGGAUCUCCAGAUGAGUGAGUGAGUACGACGCUGAAAGUACUAUGCAGGCUAAUGGAGCAUACAUUUGAUGUCUAAUGUAGCGUUGGGGAUUAAACGAAGUUUGUUCAGAAACAUGCGCCCCCCCCCAAAAAAAAAAGAAUCUAAAAAAUAUAUAAAUAAAUAAAAUAUAUAUACAUUUAUAUAAAUUAAAAAAUAGAUAAAAAUAAAAUAAAUUAAUUAAUAUAAUAAAUCAAAUGGAUGCUCCCUAACAACGGCAGCGAGCCAAGAAAAGGUUGCACAAACUACCCAUGUUGAAAAGGGAACCUGUGUGUUGGGGAUGACGAGCGAAAGUGUCCCACCAUACGCUUUAAAUGCCUUGGAAUGCAUGGUGCUUAUGAUAGAUGACAUAUAUGAAUGUAUUGUUUUGUUCAUGUUAUGGUGACAUCAAGAAUUUCAAUAUCUACCUCGAUAAAUAUAUGUAUUUACCUGA